AUGGAAGAUAAAUUAACUAAAAAAAGUUAUCGUAAACAAAAACGAGCAUAUCAUAGGCUUCUUAGAGAUAUGAACAUUAAAUGUUGUAAUAAUCCUACACAGUAUAUAAUGAUUUGCAAUGCUGGAUUAGUAACUGGAUUACAAAGAAAAACAUUACAAGAUGUGAUAAAUCUAUUUGUUAAUAAAUAUGAUUUAAUAAUGUUACCAAAUAAGUCAUAUUGUUUCAUUAAAUUUUAUUCAAUAGAAGAUGCUAUAUAUAUACAUAACAAAAUUCAUGGUAACAUUAAAAUUAAUGGACAAAAUACACCAUUGUAUACAACAUUUACAGAAUCAGUUCCUGAUUUAAAUUGUGAAUGGUCUUCAAAUCUACCUUCUGGUAUUAAAUUAAUUAAAGAUUUUAUAACUGAAGAAGAAGAAAAAAUGUUAUUAAGUACAAUUACUUGGAAUAAUGAAGGAUCAUCUGACUUAAAACAUAGAAAAGUUAAACAUUUUGGAUAUGAAUUUCAAUAUGAUACAAAUAAAGUAGAUCUGGAUAAGCCUAUUAUACCUAUACCUAAAAAUUAUCAAUUUUUACAAACAUUAUUUAAACAAUAUCAUGAUGUUUCAUAUGAAUACGAUCAACUGACAAUUAAUCAUUAUUUACCUGGUCAAGGUAUUCCAUCUCAUAUUGAUACACAUAGUGUUUUUGAGGAUAGUAUAUUAUCACUAUCAUUAGGUUCAGCAUGCAUAAUGAAUUUUAAAAAGGAAAAUAAAAAAGCUUCUCUUUUUUUACCUCCACGUUCAUUAUUAAUUAUGUCAGGAGAAGCUCGUUAUGCAUGGUCACAUGGAAUUUGUCCUAGACAUAAUGAUAUAGUACAAACUUCAAAUGGAAUAACAACUCAAUCACGGGGAACCAGAGUAUCAUUUACAUUUCGAAAAGUUCACAGGGGUGAUUGUUGUUGUAACUUUCCUGAAUAUUGUGAUACAAAACAAAAUAAUUCUAUUACUAUUAUUGAUAAUAAAAUAGCACUAGGAAUAGAAACCUCUUAUGUACAUGAUGUUUAUGACAAAAUUUCAAAUCAUUUUGAUGAAACAAGACAUAAACAAUGGCCCAAUGUAUCAAAAUUUCUUCAAUCUUUAAAAGUAGGUGAUAUUUUAUUAGAUGUAGGAUGCGGAAAUGGUAAAUAUCUCUAUCAAGAUAAACAUUUAUUUAAGGUUGGAUGUGAUAGAAGUUAUAAUUUAAUGAAAAUAUGUCGGAAUAAAAAUUUUGAAAUAUUCCUAUGUGACUGUUUAUAUUUACCCUAUAAAGAUAAUAGUAUGGAUGCAAUAAUAUGUAUAGCUGUAAUUCAUCAUCUUUCAACUCAUGAACGACGGAAACAAGCAAUUUUUGAAUUAGCAAGAAUUCUUAGACCAAAUGGAAAAUGUUUAAUUUAUGUGUGGGCAAAAGAACAAGAAAAAGAUUCUAUCCAAACAGCUUAUUUGCGAUAUAAUUUAAUUAAAAAAGAAGAUAAUAUUUCAUACACGCAAAAGUUAACAGAAUAUGGUGUAACAUUACCAAUACAUGAAAAUCGUACAAAAUUUAUUUGCAAUGACAUGCUUGUUCCAUGGAAAAGAAAAGGAGGAGGAAAUUUCCUUAGAUAUUAUCAUGUAUUUGAAGAAAAUGAAUUGUCGCAAUUAUGUUUAGAAAUACCAAAUUUUACAAUAAAUGAAGCAUAUUAUGAUCAAGGAAAUUGGUGUGUAAUUUUACAAAAAAAGAAUGAAAUAAUCAAAUAAAUUAAUUUCUAAUGAAAAA